UACAGUUUUUUCAGGGUCUUUUUAAAGUAAAGUUUUCAUCUUUUCACUUACAGGUAAAAAGUGCAGACUCACCAUUAUUGAAUGUGGGUGUGACAUUAACGUGAUAGUUUGUCUGGCUAAAGCAGCAGAUCUGACCCUUGAUACACCCUUCAGGGUGCCAAGCUGUUCUACCUUUCUGGAACGGUGCAUGGAGAAUAUCAAAACCAAGAAAUCCACAAUCUGGGCCAUUUUAUUACAGUUGUGAAGUUUAGGCCUCUCACAUGGCAAACUUCUCACCCUUAUAUCCUGGCAGACAGGCUGUUGAUGUCAAAGGAGGAAAAACAAACGGACUUAAAAACUGGGUGAAUGCGUCAGAAAGCCAUUUUUGGAGAUGAAGGUGAAUCUGGAGAUAGUGAUGAUGAAGAAGAUGAUGAAAUAUCUGAAGAUGAUGGAUUGGAAAAUGGCUCUAGUGAUGAGGAAGCAGAAGAGGAGCAAAAUGCUGAGAUGACUGAUCAGUAUAUGACUGGUAAGGGCAUCAAACAAUGGAAACUUGAAGAGUUGGAAGAAGACAGUGAAAUGGAUUUGCCAGCAUUUGCUGACAGUGAUGAUGACCUUGAGAGGAGCUCAGCGGAAGAAGGGGAAGUGGAGGAAGCUGAUGAAAGCAGUGAAGAAGAGGACUGCACUGCAGGAGAGGGGGGCAUUUCAGGAUCAAAGGCUGUUGGAGAAGGUAGUAAAGCAGGGCUGUCGCCAGCUAAUCGCCAGAGUGACCGUGUGAAUCUGUCUUUGCCGAUGAAGAAAGCAGCCCUCAUGACUUCUGAUUCUGGGCAUUACACAGCUGAAGAGGCAUUUGCAUUGGAAGAUAAAUCUAAAGAAAGCUCCUCACUCAGUGCAGAGGAAAAGGACUCAGAAGAUGACGAGGCUAUUAGAAAAAAGUUUUCAAAGCCUUCUCAAGUGAGCAGUGGUCAGAAACUGGGGUCAAGGAACUUAAUUGAUGAGACUAGUGAUAUAGAAGAUUUACUCAAAGAGGAAGAAGAUUACAAGGAAGAAAAUAAUGAUUCCAAAGAAACCUCAGGUGCCCUCAAGUGGAAGGAAGACCUUUCCAGAAGGGCUGGAAUUACAGGCAGCCACCACCAUGCCUGGAAUGAAGAUGUAGAGAAAGAAGUUAAGGAAGAAAUUGACCCCAACAAAGAGGAAAGUGCCACGAAAAAGAAUUUGGAUAAGAAGAGUAAAUUGAAGGAGAUGUUUGAUGCAGACUAUGAUGAAGGAAAAAGCACAUAUUUUGAUGAUCUUAAAGGAGAAAUGCAGAAACAAGCACAGCUGAAUCACGCAGAAUUUGAAGAUCAAGAUGAUGAAGCUAGAGUUCGGUAUGAGGGUUUUCGACCUGGGGUGUACGUCCCCGUUGAGAUUGAAAAUGUUCCCUGUGAAUUUGUGCAGAAUGACCCCCAUUACCCCAUUAUCCUGGGUGGCUUGGGCAACAGUGAGGGAAAUGUUGGAUACGUGCAGAUGCGUCUGAAGAAAUAUCGCUGGUAUAGGAUCCUCAAGUCCUGAGAUCCAGUCAUAUUUUCUGUAGGGUGGAGAAGGUUUCAGACCAUCCCACUCUAUUAUAUCGAAGACCACAAUGGAAGAAAAAAGCUUCUAAAGUAUACCCCACAGCACAUGCAUUGCGGAGCAGCCUUUUGGGGCCCUAUCACUCCACAGGGAACUGGUUUCUUGGCAAUACAGUCUAUCAGUGGCAUAAUGGUAACUAUCUUGGAUGAUUUCUUUUACAGAUUGGUUUGA